AUGAUUUUAUCUGAAAGAAGCAAGCCUAACUUGUAAUCAUAAAGAAAAUACAAGCAAAUCUCUUUAUCUUAAGUUUUGAAAAAGCCACUCAUUAUCAAAACCUUACCUCCCAUCUUUAUUACUUCUGUUCAAAAGACUCUGAAGUAAACUCAAUAAAAAUUGGAUAAUUGCUAAUCUCAAAGACUUUCCCAACAAUCUAUUUUGAAUAAAUUCAAUUCUUUUGGAGCAGUAGGAUUGACUUAAACCCCUUAGAAUGAAUAUCCUAUCUAAUAGCAAAUAGUUUUAUUACGCAGUAAAAAAUUAGACAUUCAAGAUAAAAAAAAAUACACUAAUUUUAGAAAAAUUCAUAUAAAACCAAUGUAACUAUUGACAGAAAAAUAUCACACAGAGGAGGAUGUUUAAAUUGAUAAAGUUAAUAAAUGGUCUUAGACUACAUUUGAUGAAGACUAGCUCCUUGAAUAUUUAAAUAACUGA